UGUCUGCCUAGUAGACGAAAGAACAAUUUAGUAAGUCUACUUGGCUGCAACAUGAAAAAGGUGUGUCUCUUAUCUAUAGAUUAAUAUACGUAGAUCAUUUCCUAUAUGGAAAUUUUUGUUAGACACCAUGAAAUAAUUAAAUAACAGUUACAAACAUUUUCAGCUCGUUCGUAAACAGUACGCGUAUAUAUAAUGAGUUUCACUUAUAGGCUCUCAAGUAAAUGCACAUCAGAAUAUCAUUUCUUCUUCAGCUCGAUGCAAGAAACCAUCAAACGACAUUGCAUCUAUUACCGCUAUCCAAUAAACGAUCACUAAAUUAAGAAAAUAACGAGCUUAAUAUUGUCUCUAUUUAUGCUAGCAGGGCUUAGCAUAACGGCAAAGCUAAAUGUUUUAAGUUCUGUGCCUCGCAUCGCCGUAAGGCUUUCCAUCAAGCGGCUAAAUGUUCUUCCGCCGCGAAAUGAAGUGAGCUCGGACUUUAACGUGUCACCAAUAAUAAUGUAUGAUGCCGUGUUAUGGCAAAGCACGAGUGGGUCAGCCGAUGACGAAAGUACGGUCGGUGUUCCAGCUGGAAGGUGCGACUUCGCCAACUUUGUAGGGGAUUCAGCUAGCAAGCCAAGUUCCAAGGCAGUUGUGUUUUCCUUGAGGAACCAGGUCGGGGGAUUGGUUCGAGCGCUGCGUGUUUUCAAGGAAAAAAACGUACAUGUCCACCAUAUCGAAUCACGGAAAAGCAAAAGAAACCCAUCGCAAUACGAGAUCUUCGUAUCGGUCGAUUGCGAUUCUGAUACAAUGAGCCAACUCGUGCACGGCCUUGAACACGAAGUCGACUGCGUGGACCUUAAACAGUUUCAUGAAAACGACGCAAUCUUCGAUAAUAACGACGCCACGAACAGCCCCAUGUCACCUCCCUUGGAUGAGGAAGACCUUUCAGCUGAGGCAAGCCAUGAAUUAUUUGAGGGAAUGCCUUGGUUUCCUCGUAAAAUCUCCGAUCUCGACAGAACCGCCAACCGAGUGCUUAUGUACGGUCGUGAACUGGACGCCGAUCACCCAGGAUUUAAGGACCAGGUUUAUCGCAAGCGCAGAUUGUACUAUUGUGACUUGGCGAUGAGCUAUCGUAGUGGCCAUCCGAUUUCUCGCGUGGAGUACACCGAUGAGGAAAAAAAUACGUGGCGUUGUAUCUUCAAAAAAUUGAGCACCCUCUACCAGACUCAUGCUUGUCGCGAGUUUCUUGACAAUUUUAACCUACUCCGAAAAUACAAAUGGUAUCGGGAAGACGAUAUUCCGCAACUUGAGGAUGUUAGCAACUUUCUUAAAGAACGUACGGGUUUUACCCUUCGUCCAGUCGCGGGUUACCUAUCCGCACGAGAUUUUCUAUCCGGACUGGCAUUUCGCGUGUUUCAUUGUACACAAUACAUUAGACAUAGCUCGGAUCCAUUUUACACACCAGAACCUGACUGCUGUCAUGAGCUAUUAGGGCAUUGUCCUAUGCUUGCUGAUGCUGCGUUCGCACAGUUUUCUCAAGAACUCGGACUCGCCUCCCUCGGAGCUUCCGAUGCCGAGGUGGACAAACUGGCGACAUGCUAUUUUUUCACGGUUGAAUUUGGCUUGUGUCAACAAAAUGGCGAGAUGAAGAUUUAUGGUGCUGGCCUUCUGUCGUCAGCGUCUGAAUUGGAACACGUCCUGACAUCAAAUGCAAAUAUCCUUCCAUUUGACCCGAACGUCACUUGUGAGGCAGAGCCACAGAUAACGACGUUUCAGAAAAUGUAUUUCUACACGGACAGUUUUAACGAGGCAAAACAGCAAAUGCGGGAAUUUGCAAAAACAAUUAAGCGGCCAUUUGGCCUUCGUUACAACCCGUACACACAGAGUGUUGAGGUGCUUUCAAAUACGCAAAGGAUCGCUGGGCUCGUUUCGGAAUUAAGGGGCGAUCUCUGUAUUGUCACUAAUGCCCUUAGUCGUCUGCGUUCGGCUAAGAAACGUCAGAAGAAUUCGGGCGGCAACAAUAACAAAUCGAAAAACGUCGUCAGAGGUAGAGCAGCCGAAAGCGAAUCAGAUGAAGCCGCUACAGAGCGUAACCACGUGGAAAAUGCUAACCUCGGAUAAAAUAACCAAACUGCUGAUGAAGGAAAUGUGUGUCGAAUCGAGAUCGCUAUCAAAUCAAAUUUUAUUCGAAAAGCGCCUAUUUUUUUUUUUUUUGUUAUCAAAUGUAUUAAAAUACUACUGACAAUUUGUCUUUUGUUUCAAUAGGAUGGGAUGCCCACAGGCCCAUGCGCAAGCACAGCUUAUCUAAUCUUUUGUCGCGACUCCAUCAUUCUGCUCAGUAUACAUCCAAUAAACGAUUAAAUCCUAACCUAACUUUUUCUAAGAUAUUAAAGCACUUAGCGUUUUGGGGUUCGCAUGCCAUUAGAUAAAAUGAUAAGUACAAGUUGGUUCGUUCUGAUAACAGACGUUUUAAAGCGUAUUGUUGAUUGUGGGCUGAUGAAGCGAUAUCCGAAGCAAGAAACAGUCGGCAUAGAGAAAAUAUGAAAAAUAGGCCUUCAUAAUUGAAAAUGAAAAUCAGUUCAUAUACCAUCUGUUUUGUGCCCCUGUCACCGAGCCGUGCUUUUAUUCCACAUAGCUAAAUAUAAUACCAAAAGUAGUUUAUCAUAAUGUUAUGUUAGUUUCCCCUUGAUCUUGUUAAAUGAAAUGAUCUAUCGGAAAUAUAAUUUGAACAUAGCUAAUUAACACACUGAGCUAUUUUAGAGUAGCGAGUACAUAAUGACAGAUUUUAGCAAAGUAUACGAUUGCAUAUUGGGUUGGAAGUCUUAAUUGUAUUUGAAGAAAGCACUCGUGCUAUACAGAAUUUAAAUCAAUAUGGUUAAAGACUCGUAGCCCAGUUUAGCAUAACGGCACGUUUUCAAUGUCAAGGACUGACCGCAGUUUUUACACCAUGGCAAACGACCUGGUCCCACACAGGGAAGACAUUUGCUGAUCUGAAUUCAAGCGUCGUUGUACGGCAAGAAAUCACCUGGCAACGUUUUAAUAAGUGAACAGUGUAAUAACUUGUUUCGUUGUAAAUCGACAAUUUAUGUCUCUGUAAGUUACUUUUUUGGGGUCGAAUCCAGAAGAGGUGCUUUUUAGCUUUACGUAGGGCAAGAGAAGCGUUUGCUACAGAAGAAGAGCGGACAUCUUCGCGAUUAUGGCGCCUUGAAUGCAUCCUAUCAGGUAGUAGCCCCUUGUUCAUGCUUUGCUAAGUUGGCGAUUGGUGGUUUUUGGAUUAGUUUAACAUUCAUUUCUAGGUGCAGGUGAUAUGAAGUGAAAAUAAACAAAUGACAAGGAAGAACGAUUUGAAAUGUAUUCAUUAAUUUUU